AUGAAUGACAAAGUUUGGAUCAACUUAGACAAAAUUCCGGUCCAGCUUGCUGCCCAGAUAGAAAAAACUCGCAGUGCUAAGAAACUUGUGGAUCAUCAGAUAAAUUUGUACACUGCACAAAUCACAAAAGAAAAGAAUGAAAUUGCUUGGUUGGAGGAAAAUAUUAAAAAAGGCAAUGAGGAACUUGCUGAUCUGCAAAAGCAGAACGAGAGCAGGAUGAAGAGCUGUGAUGUCUGGAAACCCACCUAUGCAUUUCUUAAAAAGCAUGGAGCAUAUUUGAAAGAUGAAAUUACAGCUAUAAAGGAAGAUACAGAAAAUGAGAGGAAAAUAUAUGAGGAUUCCAUAGCCCAGUGUAGAAAGACUUUGGAGGAACGCCACAAAAAAUAUAAAGAAUCUGCUCUUGCCCAGAAGUAUUACAAACAAAAGGAAGAAGUUGAAGAAAUCCAAAAGAGAGUUUUGAAACGCCUUGAAAAAUACAAAUGGAAAGCAGAUGCUUCCUUGGAUGAUCUGGAGGCUGUUCCUUUCACAUCCAUAAAUGAUUGGGCUGUACACAUUGCCUCUUCGAGGAAAAAAACACAGGAAACCUUGCAGCUUGCUGAAGCUGCUGCACGGGAAACCAUCAAACUGGAUAAAGAAGCAGAAGAAUUAAAAAUGAAAAUUGCCUACUUAAAAAAGACCUUCAAAGAGACUAAAGAAGAUCAAAAUAAUUCCCAAAAUAUUGAAGGAAAAAAUCAGAAAAGUCUUGAGAAGGCAGAAGACUUUAAAGAAAGGGUGUUUGAAGAGCGUCAACACCCAUCUUUGCCAAAGGAGAGACGUCAGCUAUGUAAAACAUUGCAUGUCCCAGGCAUUCCUCAGAAAUUUGUCCAGUCUGUACAGAGUUUUAGAUUUCCAAAGCAACGACCAGAAACAGGGAGUGAAGAAAAAGAGAAACCAAUGGAACGUCCAGGGGCCACCAGCUGUUCCUCCAGCCUUGCAGAAAAUUUAUCACAGAUGGCUAUUGGCACUGCAGGGACUAGUAACCAACAAACUGCCAAAGUUCCAUCAAUAGUAAGCAAACAAAACCAAGUGAGAUUCAGACUGUCAGAUCUUCCAAAGCAGUUGACUUCCAAUCAACAAUUUGAGAGUGAAAAUGCAGUAAUGGCAAGCCAAGAGACCAAACAUGUUGAUGAAGAAGCAGAUGAGCCCAUGGGCAGCUUGUAUGUACCUCAAGAUGUGCACACAGAUUUUAAGCCAAGUGAAGAUAAUCCUGACAUAGCAGAAGAAAGUGUAGAACCUUUCUUAAGACUACCUAAAACACCUGACUUAAAGGGGAAACACCCACGCUUCUCAAAAACACCUCCAUUUGACUUCAUGAAAAAUUUAGGUUGUGGAGAAGGAGCAUCACAAUCUCCUGCUUUUUUUCCUGCCAUGAACUUCUUCCAGAAGUCACCUGGCUUUAAUUUAUUUGAUUCUUCUCUGUUUGGAGGACAAAAUUCAUCUGAUGAGACAGAGGAAAAUUUUUCUAUAGGAAACCUGGGCUCUAUGUCCCCACACAAAGAUACUGGAAGCUUCUUUGGGAAACAAGAUAAUGAGGAUGCAUUUGCCUUCCCUUUCCUCUCGGAAUCAACUUCUCCUUCAUUUGGAGAUGGAAAAGAUGAUGCUAGUUUUUCAUUUGCAUUUGGACAGGAUCAGAGAUCACCAGAGUCUCCUUCUAUGAAAGGUUUUCAUUCUAACACACAAAAUACAAAGCCAUUUACACUCUUUUGA